CCCCCGCCCAUUUAUAUAUAAAUAUAUAUAUAGAAAUAAUGGGUCUGCAGAUGGCAGCAGCAUCCUCCAGUUAUGUUGCAGCAACAUCCAGCAUCCUUGUAGUGCUGUUGCUUAUCAUCUGGACACCCCCACACGUUGAUGCAGCCCAUGCAAAUUUUUCGGAUUUCCCUUAUAUACAAUAUCUGACACAUCCACCGGAGAUCAUCAGGAAGCCACAAAACCAGGGCGUACGUGUGGGCGGAGUGGCAAGUUUCUAUUGUGCGGCCCGUGGUGAUCCGCCGCCAUCGAUAGUCUGGCGCAAGAACAGUAAAAAAGUUUCAGGGACACAAUCACGAUACACAGUGCUGGAACAACCAGGAGGCAUAUCUAUAUUAAGAAUUGAGCCAGUUCGUGCUGGACGUGAUGAUGCUCCAUAUGAAUGUGUGGCCGAGAAUGGUGUUGGCGAUGCUGUAUCCGCAGAUGCAACUUUAACCAUCUAUGAAGGCGAUAAAACACCCGCAGGCUUUCCGGUUAUAACACAGGGUCCAGGCACACGCGUCAUUGAAGUGGGUCAUACGGUGCUCAUGCAGUGCAAAGCCAUUGGCAAUCCCACACCAAAUAUCUAUUGGAUUAAGAAUCAGACAAAAGUUGAUAUGAGCAAUCCACGUUAUGCCCUCAAAGAUGGCUUCUUGCAAAUCGAAAAUAGCCGCGAAGAGGAUCAAGGCAAAUACGAAUGUGUAGCUGAAAAUUCGGUGGGCACUGAACAUUCAAAGGCAACAAAUUUAUAUGUGAAAGUACGUCGUGUACCCCCAACAUUCUCCCGUCCACCAGAGCCCAUCAAUGAGGUAAUGUUGGGAUCAAGUCUAAAUCUAUCCUGCAUUGCUGUUGGCUCUCCCAUGCCGCACGUGAAAUGGAUGAAGGGUGCUCAUGACCUUACACCGGAGAAUGAUAUACCAAUUGGACGAAAUGUUUUGCAGUUGAAUAGUAUUCAAGAGAGCGCCAAUUACACAUGUAUAGCCGCCUCUUCGUUGGGCCAAAUCGAAGCGGUAUCGGUGGUGAAAGUGCAAUCUCUACCCACGGCUCCCACCGAUGUGCAAAUCUCUGAGGUGACCGCCACUUCAGUGCGUUUGGAGUGGUCCUAUAAGGGUCCCGAGGAUUUGCAAUAUUAUGUAAUCCAAUAUAAACCGAAGAAUGCCAAUCAGGCCUUUAGCGAAAUAAGUGGCAUCAUUACCAUGUACUAUGUGGUCCGUGCUCUGAGUCCCUAUACCGAAUAUGAAUUCUAUGUGAUAGCUGUAAAUAACAUUGGACGUGGACCGCCAUCGGCUCCAGCGACAUGUACCACCGGCGAUUUCUCAUUUGGUGGCACAAAAAUGGAAAGUGCACCACGUAAUGUCCAAGUGCGCACGUUAAGCUCAUCGACUAUGGUUAUUACUUGGGAACCACCGGAGACGCCCAAUGGACAAGUGACCGGCUACAAGGUAUACUACACGACCAAUUCAAAUCAGCCGGAAGCCUCAUGGAAUUCACAAAUGGUUGACAAUAGUGAAUUGACAACGGUAUCGGAGCUAACACCCCAUGCCAUUUAUACGGUUCGUGUACAGGCUUAUACCUCAAUGGGAGCUGGUCCUAUGUCCACGCCGGUUCAAGUGAAGGCUCAGCAAGGUGUGCCAUCACAACCGAGCAAUUUCCGGGCCACUGAUAUCGGCGAGACCGCAGUCACAUUGCAAUGGUCGAAGCCCACGCAUUCCAGUGAGAAUAUCGUUCACUAUGAACUCUAUUGGAAUGACACAUAUGCCAAUCAGGCACAUCAUAAGCGCAUUUCGAACUCGGAAUCAUAUACGCUUGAUGGUCUAUAUCCCGAUACCUUGUAUUAUAUAUGGCUAGCGGCAAGAUCUCAACGUGGUGAAGGCGCUACUACACCGCCGAUUCCUGUACGCACCAAACAAUAUGUACCAGGUGCACCGCCACGCAAUAUCACCGCCGUAGCGACCAGCUCGACAAUGAUCGCCCUUAGCUGGCUGCCACCGCCAAUUGAGCGUUCAAAUGGACGCAUCAUAUACUAUAAGGUCUUCUGCGUUGAGGUGGGCCGUGAAGAUGAUGAGGCAACCACUUUGACAUUGAAUAUGACCAGCAUUGUCCUCGAUGAACUGAAACGUUGGACUGAGUAUAAAAUCUGGGUGUUGGCUGGCACCAAAGUGGGCGAUGGUCCGCGCUCAUAUCCCAUCAUAUUACGCACUCAAGAGGAUGUGCCUGGCGAUCCACAGGAGGUUAAAGCAACUCCUUUGAAUUCCACAUCGAUACAUGUCAGCUGGAAACCGCCACUAGAAAAGGAUCGAAAUGGCAUUAUACGUGGCUAUCACAUACAUGCCCAGGAAAUGCGUGAUGAGGGCAAGGGCUUUCUCAAUGAGCCAUUGAAAUUCGAUGUGGUGGACACACUGGAGUUUAAUGUGACUGGACUUCAACCUGACACGAAAUACUCCAUACAAGUGGCUGCUCUGACACGAAAGGGUGAUGGCGAUCGCAGUGCGGCAAUUAUUGUCAAGACUCCAGGCGGUGUACCCGUUCGACCGACUGUCAGUCUCAAGAUAAUGGAACGUGAUCCUAUUGUAUCAAUCGAACUGGAAUGGGAGCGUCCUGCCCAGACUUAUGGUGAGCUGCGUGGCUAUCGUUUACGUUGGGGUGUCAAGGAUCAGGCACUGAAAGAAGAGAUGCUACCAGGACCUCAGAUGACAAAGAAACGUUUUAAUGAUCUGGAACGUGGUGUGGAGUAUGAAUUUCGUGUGGCCGGCAGUAAUCACAUUGGCAUAGGCCAAGAGACAGUGAAGAUGUUCCAGACACCCGAGGGCACACCAAGUGGUCCACCUGCCAAUAUCACUGUACGCUUCCAGACACCCGAUGUGGUGUGUGUUACCUGGGAUCCACCGACGAGGGAGCAUCGUAAUGGCAUAAUAACGCGCUACGAUGUGGUGUUCCAUAAGAAAAUCGAUCACGGGUUGGGCUCAGAGAGGAAUAUGACAUUGCGUAAGGCGGUCUUUACCAAUCUAGAGGAGAAUACCGAGUAUAUCUUUAAGGUGCGAGCCUAUACGAAGCAGGGAGCAGGUCCAUUCAGUGAUAAAUUACCUGUGGAAACGGAACGCGACAUGGGUAGAGCUCCGAUGUCGGUUCAAGCGGUGGCCACAUCCGAACAGACAGCGGAAAUCUGGUGGGAACCUGUACCCAGUCGUGGCAAAUUGUUGGGCUAUAAAAUCUUCUAUACGAUGACAGCUGUUGAGGAUCUCGAUGACUGGCAAACCAAGACAGUGGGCCUAACUGAGUCUGCCGAUUUGGUAAAUCUGGAAAAGUUUGCCCAAUAUGCUGUGGCCAUAGCGGCUAGAUUUAAAAACGGUCUCGGUCGUCUCAGCGAGAAAGUGACAGUUCGCAUUAAACCCGAAGAUGUUCCUCUGAAUUUGCGUGCCCAUGAUGUGAGUACCCAUUCGAUGACACUCAGUUGGUCGCCACCCAUACGCUUGAAUCCUGUCAACUAUAAAAUAAGUUUCGAUGCCAUGAAAGUCUUUGUGGACUCGCAAGGAUUCUCCCAAACGCAAACGGUUCAAAAGAGAGAAAUUAUACUAAAGCACUAUGUAAAGACCCACACGAUAAAUGAGUUGAGUCCGUUUACCACAUACAAUGUGAAUGUUAGUGCCAUACCCUCGGAUUAUUCAUAUCGCCCGCCCACCAAAAUCACCGUGACCACCCAAAUGGCUGCCCCACAGCCCAUGGUUAAGCCAGAUUUCUAUGGUGUGGUGAACGGUGAGGAGAUUCUGGUUAUAUUACCUCAGGCCUCGGAAGAAUAUGGUCCGAUUUCGCAUUACUAUUUGGUUGUGGUGCCAGAGGAUAAAUCAAAUUUGCACAAGAAUCCCGAUCAAUUCCUAACCGAUGACCUGCUGCCAGGACGCAAUAAACCCGAACGGCCAAAUGCUCCAUAUAUUGCAGCCAAGUUUCCACAGCGUUCGAUACCAUUUACAUUCCAUUUGGGUUCUGGUGAUGAUUAUCAUAAUUUUACGAAUCGCAAAUUGGAGCGAGAGAAACGUUACAGGAUAUUCGUACGAGCUGUGGUGGAUACGCCGCAAAAGCAUCUGUAUACCUCCAGUCCGUUCUCGGAGUUCUUGUCCCUGGAUAUGCGAGAGGCACCGCCUGGUGAGCGACCACAUCGUCCCGAUCCCAAUUGGCCCUCGGAACCGGAAGUUUCGGUGAAUAAGAACAAAGAGCAACCUGAAAUCCUUUGGGUUAUUCUGCCUCUAAUGGUGUCCACCUUUAUUGUGUCGACGGCUUUGAUUGUCUUUUGCGUGGUGAAGAGGCGUCGCCAACCCUGCAAAACUCCCGAUCAGGCGGCAGUGACCCGUCCUUUAAUGGCUGCCGAUUUGGGUGCCGGACCGACACCAAGUGAUCCUGUGGAUAUGCGACGUUUGAAUUUCCAAACACCUGGCAUGAUCUCCCAUCCACCCAUACCCAUAUCGGAAUUUUCUAAUCACAUUGAACGUCUCAAGUCGAAUGACAAUCAGAAAUUCUCACAAGAAUACGAGAGCAUUGAGCCGGGUCAGCAAUUCACGUGGGAUAACUCCAAUUUGGAGCAUAACAAGUCAAAGAAUCGCUAUGCCAAUGUCACGGCCUAUGAUCACUCGCGUGUCCAGUUGCCAGCAGCCCCGGAAGGAACACCCGGUUCGGAUUACAUUAAUGCCAACUACUGUGAUGGCUAUCGCAAACAUAAUGCCUAUGUGGCCACCCAAGGACCAUUGCAAGAGACCUUUGCCGACUUCUGGCGCAUGUGCUGGGAACUGAAGACAGCGACCAUUGUGAUGAUGACGCGUCUGGAGGAGCGUACACGCAUCAAAUGUGAUCAAUAUUGGCCAUCGCGUGGCACCGAGACAUAUGGACAAAUAUUUGUGACCAUCACCGAGACCCAGGAGCUGGCCACCUAUAGCAUACGGACGUUCCAACUUUGCCGUCAGGGAUUCAAUGAUAGGCGUGAGAUAAAACAAUUGCAAUUCACAGCCUGGCCAGAUCAUGGAGUACCCGAUCAUCCGGCACCGUUCCUGCAAUUCUUGCGUCGUUGUCGUGCCCUAACUCCUCCCGAAUCCGGACCCGUUAUUGUCCACUGCUCAGCCGGAGUGGGACGUACUGGUUGCUAUAUAGUUAUUGAUUCGAUGUUGGAGCGCAUGAAGCACGAGAAGAUUAUCGAUAUCUAUGGCCAUGUUACCUGUCUGCGUGCCCAACGCAAUUAUAUGGUUCAGACCGAAGAUCAAUAUAUCUUUAUACACGAUGCCAUAUUGGAGGCCAUCAUUUGUGGCCUGACCGAAGUGCCGGCUCGUAAUCUUCAUUCGCAUCUGCAGAAACUACUCACCACCGAACCGGGCGAAAGUAUUUCCGGCAUGGAAGUGGAAUUCAAAAAGUUGUCCAAUGUGAAAAUGGAUUCAUCGAAAUUUGUCACCGCCAAUUUGGCAUGCAAUAAGCAUAAGAAUCGUUUGGUACACAUUCUGCCAUACGAAUCGAGUCGCGUCUAUUUGACACCCAUCCAUGGCAUUGAGGGCAGCGACUAUGUGAAUGCCAGUUUCAUUGAUGGCUAUCGUUAUCGUUCGGCCUACAUUGCGGCCCAGGGACCAGUACAGGACACAGCCGAGGACUUUUGGCGCAUGCUCUGGGAACAUAAUUCCACCAUUGUAGUCAUGUUGACCAAACUAAAGGAAAUGGGCAGAGAGAAAUGCUUUCAGUAUUGGCCUCAUGAACGCUCUGUGCGCUAUCAGUAUUAUGUUGUGGAUCCCAUUGCCGAAUACAAUAUGCCUCAGUAUAAGCUAAGGGAAUUUAAGGUAACCGAUGCCCGCGAUGGCUCCUCCCGCACUGUACGGCAAUUCCAGUUCAUUGAUUGGCCCGAACAGGGUGUACCCAAAUCUGGUGAGGGCUUCAUCGAUUUCAUUGGCCAAGUGCACAAGACGAAAGAGCAAUUUGGCCAAGAUGGACCCAUAACAGUUCACUGCUCGGCGGGUGUGGGACGCUCCGGUGUCUUUAUUACCCUCAGCAUUGUGCUCGAGCGUAUGCAAUAUGAGGGAGUACUCGAUGUAUUCCAAACUGUACGGAUAUUACGCUCACAACGUCCGGCCAUGGUGCAAACUGAGGAUCAAUAUCAUUUCUGUUAUCGUGCUGCUUUGGAAUAUUUGGGCUCAUUCGAUAACUAUGCAAAUUAAAAGGGGAAAAAACCUUCAUUCUUUUCCUUUUGUUUUUUGAAAAGGCGGAGCAAAAAUCUUGUCGAACGAUGUAAACGAUUUUCUUUGAUUUUAAACUCUACGCAUAAUACAAGCAUUUACCAUAUACAAAAAAAAAAAACAAAACAAAAAAAAAAAAAGAAUAUGGAGAAUAUAUCUUAUCUUUAAAGUAUUAUAGCCAGCUACUGCCCACAAAAGAAAACAAAAGAGAUACAUACACAGACAAAAUUACUUAAUCUACUCUAAAUCGCUAUAAAUUAUAUGUUUUCUUAGUUAUUAAGUGCACCCCGAGACACGCCCACUUAUGAGAUGCUGCUUAAUUUUUCUCUUCAAUCGCAAUUCAAUUUUCUUUUAUUUUGUAUGCAUUUUUCUUUUGAUAAUUGUGAACUAAAAAAGACUGUUACACAUUUAAUUAUCAGUAAUUUAUAUAUAUAUGCAUAUACAU